AUGUAUUCUUCCAUCUACGCUGGGGGCUCACCCCCGCGCAGCACGCCCGAGGCCGCAUCGGCGCCGGCGCCCGCCGCCAGCGCCCCCUCGUCCUCGCCCGGCUCGGGGGCGACGCCCAUGGACCGCGACCCGAGCAACACAGGCACCCCACAGAUGGGGAAGCGCACGCCCGACGGCAUCGACGGGCACGUCGACGGUGUGGCCAACGGCGUGGCGGCGCCCAACCGCGCGCCCGCCCAGCCGCCCACCCAAGCCCAAGCUCAAGCUCCCGCGUCCAACUCUCACUCGCCCCUGCCGGCGCUCAACAAGGGCAUGUAUUUUCCGCCAAUUUGGACUCAAAACGAAAUGUGGGACCGCCAGAAUGUCCCAUGGCUAGGCCGCACCGAGCAGCCCUCGGGGCCCAGCGUGCUCGAGCGCUGGCGCGCGAGUUACGAUCGGUAUGACCGGCGUGACGAGAAUAAGUUUGCGCCGGUUGGAGGCAGCACAGGUGCUACGAGCACAGGCGGUGGUGUUGGCAGUGGUAGCGGCAGUGGCGGUGGCAGAGCCACGCGCGAUCGCGAUGGCCCAGAUGGGUUUGACCACUACGAGCGCGACGGGUACUAUGACAAGGGCGAUCCGUUCAAUAAUAAGCCCAGACCCGCUUCCGCUUCCGCCCCGCCUCCCUCCGGCCUCAACGUACUAGGAUAUGUACACCCACACGACCGUCCGCUCCCUCCUCGUCUAUCGCUUUUCAACCCGCCCUACUACCCGCAGCAUCAAGUAUAUGGCCACGCUGGGCCUCCUCCGACGCAGCAGCAGCAGCAGCAGCAGCAACAGCAACAGCAGCAGCACGCCGAGUCGGAGCGCCCCACUCCCAACCAGAACCAAAACCCCACGCAGGCUCAGCCAGCCUUCGGCCUUUCGAACAUACACGACACGUACAUGAACCACACGCUGCCUGCGCCGAACCAUCUCUCGCCCCCGAACCAUCUCAACCACAUGCCCAUGAACCACAUGAACCACCUCGACAACCUUGGCAUGUCCAACCACCUGCCUCCGCUGCAGAACAUGCUGCCUCUCCCGAACAACAUGAACCACAUGGGCAUACACGUCCAGCCGCCCGUGUUCCCGUUCCCCUCGGCGCCCGACUGGCCCGGCGCCGGGCCCAUGGAGAACUCGAUCAACCACAACUCGUCGCACGACAUACGCCCGCGCGAAUAUCUCGGGACGCCUUGGAAGGGCGCCGACGCCGACGGCCCGAGCGCAGGGCCCAGCACGUCGCGCCGCGGCGGCCGCUCCGGCUCCGCGCCGCCUGCCCGCCGCUUCCCCUGCCCCGACUGCUCCGAGGCCUUCACCCGCCGCAACGACCUGAACCGGCACAGACGCAAGCACACCGGCGAGAAGCCGUUCCAGUGCCCCGUGUGCGGGACCGCCUACGCCCGCAAGGACAAGCUGCUCAUGCAUAUCCAGCGCGCGGAGCUGUGCCGCUCGCGCCUGCCCCCCCGCCCGCCUGGGCGCGGCCGCGGCCGGGGCGCCAGAGCCAACUAG